AUGAGCCCUCAGCAUUUGCACUGGGAUAUCGAGGAAAAGCGCCAACGACGGGCACUCACUGUGCAUGGAACUGCCCUCCUUGCUCUCUCCUUCCAAACCCUCGGGAUCAUCUACUCUGACAUUGGCACGUCACCGCUUUACGUGCUGAAUGGUAUCUUCCCUUCAAGCCAGCCCGCUCCCAAUGAGCAGGACAUCGUCGGCGCCAUCUCUGCCAUCGUUUGGUCCUUGACGCUCCUCCCAUUGCUCAAGUAUGUCGUCUUGGGUCUACGAUUCGGUACCCAAGAGGGCGAGGGUGGCACUUUUGCCUUGUUUCAUGGCAUCUUCCCUCCAAAGGCGAUUGAUUGGGACGAGGACCGCACUUUGACAGCUGAAUUUGGACUCAAGACUCCUUCGACGUCCACCUCAUCUUCGAUCCGGAAUGCACUUGAUCGAUUCAAAUGGGUUCUCCUUGCUUGGAGUCUCUUUGGAACUGCGUUGACCUUUGCGGACGGUAUGCUAACCCCAGCCGUCUCGGUCACUUCGGCAGUUUCUGGUAUCGCAUUGGUCGCUCCAAAGCUCAAUGACAAUAUUGGUCCGAUUUCCAUCGCCAUUAUCGUCGCUCUCUUCCUCAUCCAGAGGUUUGGAACCGCCAAAGUUUCUGCUGUCUUCUCUCCAGUUACUGCGGUCUGGCUCACUCUUCUGUUCACGACUGGCAUCUACAAUGUCACGUCAUACCCGGCAAUAUUCCGCGCUUUUGAUCCCUCGCGAGCCGUCCUUUGGUUCGUGAGAACGAAGGAAUAUGACAACCUUUCCGGAGUUUUGCUCGCCGUGACCGGUUGUGAAGCCAUGUUCGCAAACCUCGGGCAGUUCAACAGACAGUCCAUUCAGAUUUCCUUUGCUUUCGUUACGUAUCCAGCUCUCAUCCUUGCCUACCUCGGCCAAGGCGCGCGCCUUGUCAAAGAUGGAGAAGACGUGAUCCAGAACGUCUUCUACGCGUCGAUUCCAGGAGGUGCCGGCAAGCCGCUUUAUUGGAUCAUGUACGUCUUUGCUAUCCUUGCGACUCUCGUCGCCUCGCAAGCCACCAUCACCGCGACGUUUUCCCUUUUUCAACAAGUCAUCAACUUGCGAAGUUUGCCACCGGUUCGCAUGCGAUAUACGUCAGAGACGGUUCAGGGUCAGAUUUACAUCCCAUCUGUCAACUGGGUCCUCUGCGUCGGCACGGUCAUCUUUGUCCUCAUCUUCAAGGAUCUAGCCAAGUUGACGUAUGCAUACGGAUUCGCUGUCGCCACCGUCAUGCUUGUGACGACAACGUUAAUCACCAUCCAAAUCCCAGUCGUCAAGAAACUCCCGUGGAUCGUCGGAGUGGCAUGGUUGCUCUUCUUUGGCUUCUUUGACGGCCUCUUCUGGGGUGCUGCGCUUCGCAAAGUUCCUCAUGGCGCAUGGGUUCCUCUGCUCAUCGGAUGUAUCCUCACGGCAUUCAUGGUCUUCUGGACCUGGGCAAAGGGACUCGAAGACAAGUUUGACGGCGCCAACCGACGGAGUCUGCGCCACUUUAUCUCCAAAGAGAUUACCGAAAAGAUCAACUACUCCCCCGUUGUCCGCAGACUCGUGCUCGGCAGUGUCACACCCCAAGCAGAGGACACGAUUGUCGAAACGCCAAACGAAGAUGCAGGCAUUUCGACGGCAGUGAACACGCAAUUACAAGCCAAUCUCGACUCGGAACCGCAUUUCCUCGAGGAGACGAAGCUCUACUUGUCCGUCGGCGAUCGCAAGACGUUGUUGCCGCGCAUGUCGACCAUGGCCAUCUUCCACAAGCUCUCUUCUGGCAAGGGUGUCCCGCAUACGUUCUCCGGGUUCCUAGAACAAUGGCCUGCACUCCCUCGCGUCGUCAUCUUCCUCUCUGUCCGGAUCAUGCCCAUCGCGCACGUUCCAACGGAGAACCAGUACCGUGUGACCAAAGUCCGCAGCUUACCUGGAUUCUACGGCGCGACGUACAUGCUCGGAUUCCGAGACAAGUUUAGCGUCGACACGCAUGCGCUCCUCGAACUCAUCCUCUCACUCGAACUCCGCGCGACCGACUCGAAGAAGCAUGCAGACGAGAUUGUCGAAGAGAUUAAAGAGGCAGCUAAAACGGUGACACACGUUGUACCGCAUUACCACGUCAUGGCGCGUAAGAUUAUCAUCUGGGGUGCACCCGUCGUCAACUGGAUACGAAAAUGGCUGAUCGAAGACAUUUACCGGAGUGUCGCGUACGUCUUCCCUGAGACGGCCACGUGGAAAAUGAAGGCCGACGAUAUCAUUCACGUCGGCGUCACUGCGGAGAUCUAG